AUGAAUCUUAGCGCUAUUCAACUCGACAGCCUUCCUGUCCUCGUUGUUGUCGCCUUCUGUGGUGUCGCUACUCACCUCGCCAUAUUUCGGAUCGGCGAAUGGGAUGUUGCCGUUCACCGUAUAAUUGCUUUCCUUGGUCUCAUCUAUGCAUUCAUUUUCACCCUCAUAGCCUAUCAUCAUGACCUGGAUCACCAGAGCCUUCUCAGUGCCUGGUAUACUGCUUCUGCCCUCCUGGCAACCUUCAUAGCUGGGAUAUACGGCAGCAUGGUAAUCUUCAGAUUCUUCUUUCAUGCUUUGCGCCGGUUCCCUGGUCCUACCUUUGCUCCUAUAUCUUCGUUGUAUGCUGUAUCGAUGUCUAUGAAGAAGUUUCACAUGUUCUCAGAAAUGCAAAAGCUACACAAUACCUACGGCGAUUUUGUGAGACUAGGUAUUUACCUCUCCGCUAUAUAUCAAUGCGGUGCUAACCCUGCUAUUAUUCAAGGUCCGUCUGAAAUUUCCAUUGCAUCACCGAGUGCUGUGGCUGCAAUUUACCAGAAUUCGUCACCUUGUCUAAAGGGCCCUUGGUAUAAUGUUUUUGUGCCUUCAAUAUCGUUGCAUGCCUCGAGAGACAAGCAGGAGCAUGCACACAGAAGGAAAGUAUGGGACAGGGGCCUUAGUGCAAAAGCUAUGCGCGAUUACGAGCCAAGAGUAGAAAAAUACACGCGUUUGUUAAUCAGUCAGCUACAAAAGAGAUGUGGCAAACCGGUGGACAUUGCGGAAUGGUGCAACUUCUACGGAUUCGACGUCAUGGGUGAUCUUGCAUUUGGGAAGAGCUUCAAUAUGCUUAAUGACGGAGUCAGGCACUAUUACAUGGACCUGACACAAACAUCCACCUUAUGGGGCACUCAGAUUGCUCGAUCCUCGUGGCUCUAUCUACUCAUAAAGAGCAUACCUAUCUUAAACUACCAGAUUGCAAACUUUCUGAAAUGGCUAAGAACACAUGUGGAUCAGAGGACAAAGAAUGAGCCAGACCUUCCUGACUUAUUCUCCUGGCUCCUUGGUGCGUACAGGGAACAGUCAGUCCACACGAAGCAAGACGAACUCAACCUCCUGGGCGAUGCCCACCUUAUUGUGGUUGCAGGGAGCGACACUACUUCCACAAGCCUCACAUGUGCCCUGUUUGAGCUGGCCCGUCAUCCCGAUGUCUACCGGAAGCUUCGAACAGAAGUUGACGAUCUCCUGAAGCUAGAGGAUACUCAUAGCCACAGCGCUCUUGCCAAACUUAAAUACCUGCAGGCUGUCAUCGAUGAGACAAUGCGGCUUUACCCAGCUAUUCCCUCAGGUCUGCAGAGAAUCACACCCCCGCAAGGCCUGCAAAUCAACGGAACAUUUAUCCCAGGAAAUAUGAUUGUCCAAACACCGACCUAUACAUUGAACCGGGACGAAAGAUGCUUUUUGCACCCCAACAACUUUAUUCCCGAGCGAUGGACAACGCAGCCCGAACUCGUUCGCGACGCUUCAGCUUUUGCCCCCUUCUCCAUUGGGCGUUACUCUUGUGCUGGAAAGCAACUUGGGCUUUUUGAAAUUAGGCAUGUUUUGUCGCAUAUCGUCUCCAAGUUUGACAUCCGCUUUGCUCCGGACCAAACAUCCGAGCUAUUUCAAGACGGGCUGGCAGACGGGUUUACACUUCUCUGCCCAAAGCUUGAAAUGAUCUUUGAAACCCGGAAGAACAGGGAGCUGCCAAAUUAG